UCUCUACAAAUUCCGAUUCCUCUCUCUCUCUCUCUCGACGAUCAAAGAAAACAAAAGCUUUGUCCACAUUCUGAACUGAAUCUGCAAGAAGAGAAACAAAACCCCAUCUCCAAGGGAUUGAAACCUACCUUUUGCCUCUGGUAUCCCAUCUGUUGGUUGUUCAUCAAGUUCUGUGGAUUUUCUUAAGAUAUUUCGACGGAAUAGAAAAUCUGAGGACAGAAUGGAGCAAUCAAGAACGCAUUAGUUUAGGUGUUUCAUCCAAAAUGCUAGGUGCAUGGCCAAUUUGAUGACAUAAUAAUUCAGCUCCCUUGAAUAUGCAAUUAACAGAGAUUUCUCUCUUUUGCUUACGGUGCAAGAAAGAGGUAUAUACUUAUUAUUCAACAAUGCUAGAAGAAGAAGUGAAUAGAUGUCAGAUUCAGGAAUGGUACCCGAAAUUCAAAUCCGUCUCCAUAAGAACCUUAAUUCAUGAACUUCCAGAAUCCUUUGUUCAGUACCUUCGUGAUGAUUCUGGGCCCUUCCUUCUUCCUCUUUCCAUCUCAAACGAAGAUGCCUUGCCCAAUAGAAUCCAUAACCCCGAAGAGGAAGAAGAUUUUGUAGUAUCAGAAGGAUCAGGCGAUGAAUCAGAAAAAACUUGUCCACCACCUUCAUUCCCAGAACUUGAAUUCCAGAUCAAGGAAUCAAUUGAGACCCUUGGGGGUGCUGUUUUUCCUAAGCUGAACUGGAGUUCACCUAAAGACUCCGCUUGGAUCAGCUCCACUGGGACCCUCAAGUGCACCUCUUUCAGUGAAAUUGCACUUUUGCUACGAUCUUCCGAUUCACUCGUCCAUGAUCUUCGUCAUGCAUAUGAUUCGUGCAUUGAUAAAACUUCAUCAAGACCCUCAAAUUUCUUCCUAGCCCUUCGAAAGUGGGCCCCCUCUCUCCGGCCAGAGAUGGAAUUUCGUUGCUUUGUGCGCAUUCAUCAACUAGUUGCCAUUUCCCAACGUGAGGUCACGGGGUUUUAUCCAUCUAUUUGUGAGCAGAAAAAUGAGCUAAAAAUGGUGAUUCAGGAGUUUUUUACUGAUGAAGUGAGGCUAAAAUUUGAUUUGGAGAAUUACACCUUUGAUGUUUAUGUUAGAGAGGACGGUCGGGUUAAGCUUUUGGAUUUUAACCCUUGGGGUGCAUUUACGCUUCCACUGUUGUUUACUUGGGAGGAAUUGGGGAAGGAUAGUGAAGAUGGAAAUACAUUAGUGUUUAGGAUGGUAGAGAGUCAGUGUGGUGUAAGGCCAGGACUAAAAACUGCAGUUCCCUAUGAUUAUUUGGAUACAAGUGAAGGGAGUGGUUGGGAUCAGUUCUUGAGGAAUGCCGAGGAAGAGUUGCGGCGACAGACUCUGUCCUCGUCUGAUGGGUGAUUAAGAGCUUUGUUGUCCCUAUUUAUGAGGUUAGUGUGGCCUUUCAUCUUUUGAUGUUAUUUAUCUUUCCUACAAGAUUGUAAUUCUGUUUUAGGCAUUGGUCCAUUGUUCCAAUUGUGCAAGACCCUUCUGUUAGUGUAAUUUUUUAUCGGACUUGUAAGUGCUUGACGUCUAUAUUUAUGAAAAUGCUGUCUUUGCUUUCUUGAUCCAAA